AUGGGAAACUGCAUGUCGGUAGAGGAGAAGGCGGAGCGGGAGAGGUCCAUGGCGAUUGACAAGCAAAUCGAGGAGGACUCAAAGCGAUUCCGCAAGGAAUGCAAGAUCCUGCUGCUCGGGUCUGGCGAGUCGGGCAAGUCGACGAUUGUAAAGCAAAUGAAGAUUAUCCACCAGAACGGGUACACACGUGAAGAGCUCAUGGUAUACCGGUACACCAUAUACAAGAACCUCGUCGAGAGCGCCCAGGCCAUUGUGUCCGCGAUGGGUAAGAUUGGCGUCGACCCGGUAGAACCUAUCAACCGCCAGUAUGCAGAGGAGAUCGGUAGCUUCGAAUUGCCCAAGGACAUUGAUUCGUAUUCGCUGCCUGAAUCUCUUGCUACUGCCAUCGAGAGCGUAUGGAAGGACCCGAUAAUUGCCCAGGUCAUGGACAGGAGCAACGAGUUCUAUCUCAUGGACUCGGCCGGAUACUUCUUUGCACAGGUUCAGCGGAUCUGCAGCAAGGGAUAUGUACCCAAUGAAAAUGACGUCCUUCGUGCGCGAGCAAAGACCACCGGAAUUACGGAGACACGCUUCAACAUGGGCCAGCUCUCUAUACACAUGUUCGACGUCGGUGGACAGCGAUCAGAGCGUAAAAAGUGGAUUCAUUGUUUCGAGGCCGUCACCUCAAUCAUAUUCUGCGUCGCUCUGAGCGAGUAUGACCAAGUUUUGUUGGAGGAAAAGGAACAGAACCGAAUGGCCGAGUCGCUCGUUUUGUUCGAAUCUGUCAUCAACUCACGUUGGUUCCUGCGCACAUCUAUCAUCCUCUUCCUCAAUAAAAUCGAUGUCUUCAAAGCCAAACUCCCCAAGAUGCCUCUCGAACGCUACUUCCCGGAAUACACAGGCGGGCCAGACAUUAACAAAGCUGCCAAAUACAUUCUAUGGAGGUUCACCCAGACAAACCGAGCGAGGCUAAGCGUUUAUCCUCAUUUAACGCAAGCUACCGAUACUUCCAAUAUUCGAUUGGUCUUUGCAGCUGUCAAGGAAACGAUACUGCAAAACGCUUUGAGGGAUUCGGGUAUUCUAUGA